UGUCAUCUGUCACAUUCUCCAUUUUCGUAUGUUCUUUGGGUUUCAUAAUCAGGUUGUCUUGUGAAAAAAUAUUUCACUGGUUUUAAAACUAGAUAAUCAGUAAUACAAUGGCUGCAUUAAUUAAGCUACGUCAGAUGCCUCUUGUUCAAAGAUGUGUUUGGAACCAUCUAAGUCAAACAAGCCGUGGAAUUUCCACUUCGAAAAAGAAUAGUGAUAGCGCUGCUACCGCUACUGCAGCCAAACCUGAAGACAAAAACUGGGUGAGCUAUGGUUUCGACUACAAGAGUAAAGAAGAAGACACCAAUGCACACAACGCUUCAUUCUUUUUCUCCGUUACAUUGUGUUUGGUUUUCGGAGGAUUUGCUUGGGCCUACGCUCCUGAUACACAUUUGAGGGAUUGGGCUCAGCGAGAAGCAUUUUUAGAACUACGUCGUCGUGAAAAAGCUGGUCUUCCUCCAAUUGACCCUAACUUUAUUGACCCCAAGCAAAUUAAACUACCCAAGGAUGCUGAUCUCUGUAAUGUUGAGAUCAUUAUUUAAUUUGUUUUUAAAAGGUUACUUCUUGUAAUCAUUUUAUUGUAGAUAUUUUCACUGAAUGAAUAGUAAACUUUAAACAUGUACAUUUCUUUUAUUUAAUUUAAAAGAUUUCUCACAGUUUCAUAAUGUUGGGUUCAAGUCAACCAUCCACAACACCAGUGAGUCUACUAUACUGUGAUUGUAAAUAAAUAAGAAAUUUAGCAAAAUACAUGAUUUGUUUUCCAUG